AUGGAAAAUAUAUACUCUUAGUCUGAUUUACUGAGAGUCAAUAAAGCAAUCUUGAACUCAACUCAAUAAAUAUCUUCGUGGUUAAGAGGGCACACACCAAAGAAGAUGGAAACAACAAAUCAAUACGGUGAUGCGUAAACGGAUGCGGUUGAAAAAGCAAGCGAAAUCAUAGUUAACCAGUUGAAAUAAACUGAUGUUAUUAGAGGUUACUUUAGCAAAGAUUCUCCUUAGUUCGUUGAAAAUAAUCCUCAAGGAGAAUUUAUUGUUACUUUUGAUCCUAUUGAUGGUGGAACAGUGAUUGAAGCUAACUACGCUGUAGCAUCAAUUUUCGGAAUAUGGAGAAAGGACUAGGUAAAUGGUUGUACAGGCAGAGAUUUAGCUGGAGCUGCUUUGGCUAUAUAUGGGUCAAGGACAACUCUCUUAUUGUAUAAUUCGCAUGCAAAGGUAGUAGAAGAACUGACAUUAAUCAAGAGAAAUAAAGCAGCACCGAAAUGGAUAGUAACUAUUCCAAAAUUCUCAUUUACUCCAAAAGCUAGAAAUUUUAGUCCUGAGGGAGUAAAAUCAUGCUAUGAGGAUCCUGGAUAUCUCAAGGUUUUUUAGCAUUAUGUCAUUUAGGGAUACUCAAUCAGAUAUUCAUCGUCUAUGGCAGUUGAUUGCUAUCAAAUGUUCAUGAAGAAUUCUGGCAUUUACUUGAGUUUAGAAACAGUAGCAUUUGGGGCAAAGUUGAGACUUAUAUAUGAAUUAAUCCCGAUAGCUUUCUUAAUCGAGAAGGCUAAGGGUGUCGCAACAGAUGGCCACCAUAAUAUAUUAGAUAUUGUGAUCGAAGGUUAUGAAUAAAAGUCCGCAUUCAUUGCCGGCUCUAAAGAAGAAGUAUAGUUUGUAAUGGAGACCUUAAAGUGUAAUGGAACUAAUAUUGCCUCUCUGGAUCAGAUGGCUGAAGAACUGUUAAAAGAUAAAGAAUUAGUAUGA